CCAUGUUGUGGUCAUCCUUGGCUUUCCUCAGCUCUUCCCGCAGCUCUCCCAUGGCUUCGGUGACCUCUGGUUCUUGUGAGCCGCCUCCGAGCUCCAUCGCCCGGGGCUGGGGUCGGGCCGGGGCUGGAGCCGGCGCCGCGGGGCUCGGAGCGGCGCCGCUGCCGGGCAACGGCGUGAGGCGGGCGGGCUUUCCGCUUCCGAGUCAGCGGGGCCGGGCCAUGGGGCGGAGGAGGAAGACGCUGCACGACUACGCGGCCGAGUUCUCGGAGCUGUCGGUGCGGCGGGAGCCGGCGGGGCCGGGCCCGGCCGUGGCGGUGGAGACGCUGUUCUGCACCCCGUGCCAGCUGCCCCUCAGGGUGCGCCGCGACCGCAUCCUGGAGCACCUCAGCUCGGGCCGCCACUGCCGCAACCGCCGCCUGCUCCGGCAGCUCGGGCUGCGCGCCCCGGGGCUCCGCUCUGCAGGUCCUGACUCCAGCCUGAGCCUGCCCCUGCCACUCAACGUGCCCUCCCUGCUCUCCCAUCCCUCCUUCCUCAUCACCACUGGAUCCAGCACCGGCUACAGCAUGGUCCCCUCCCCGCCCUCCUACCACAAGCUGCUGCUUCCCCACCACCCCAUCCCUGCUGCCCACAGGGGCGACCCAACGCCCUCCACCUCCGCCAGCCCCCCCUCGCCCCUCACCUUCCCCGCCAGCAUUGCCCCUCUUGGCCAAAAUAUGCCCACACCUGAUGCCUCCAGCAGCCCGACGCCCCUCUCGUGUCACGGCGGCAUUGGCCUGGUGCUCUUCGGCGCAGGGCUGGUGAGCAAAGCCUUGCUGCAAAGCCUGGUCGAGGGCAGGGGCUGCUGCCUGCUGUACGUGGUGGAGGAUCGGCUGGAGGAGCUGGGACGUGCCUUCGGCGCCGAGGUCCCGGCUGGUGCCAGGGUGCUGCAGCAGCAGGACGCCGCCGUCGCGCUCGGGGAUCCGCGAGUCUCUGGAGCCAUUAUUUGUUCUCCACCUGACAAAGCCCCUGAGAUGGUAAAAGAUGCCUUACGAGCAGGUAAAGGUGUGUUCUGCCAGGGGCUGCCCAGCUUGGACAGACAGACAGCAGAAUCCUGUUUUGAUGAGGCCGACAGGUGUGGGAGGCCACUCGUGUGUGGGUUCUACAAGCGCUUUGACCCAGCCCUGCAGUUCCUGUACAAGAAGGUGCGGGACAGCCGGGCACUGGGCAGGAUCCACAGGAUAUCCACCAUCAGCAGCCUCUAUCCCGCAGCCUCCCUGAGCCUGCUGAAAGCCUCAGGUGGAAUUUUUUACAACGCUGCCGUGCAUGACAUAGAUAUUAUCAGUUUGUUGUUGGGAGAGAGUGUGCCAGAUACAGUAUUUUCCCUGGGCCAUGCCUUCUGUGCAGACAUGGGCUGCCUGAGGGACGUGGACACCGUUGCCAUCAGCAUGAAGUUCCCCAGCGGAGCCAUUGUCACCCUGGAUGUCAGCCAGCACUGCACCAGGAGCUGUGACCAGCGGCUGGAGGUUCACGGGUCUCAAGGGUCAUUAAGGGUGGACAACCAGAACCCCCUGGGCAUCACAGAGCAUGGGACUUCUGUGUCCAUCUGUCCCCAAACUCAAGCUGAGCGCUACAGAGAUGCAUACAGGGAACUCUUCCAGCACUUUCUGAGAGCCCUGAAAGGCCAGGAGCCCCCCGUGGUCACCAAGGAGCAGUUCCUGGGGACCAUCCAGGUGGCUGCAGCGGCCGAGCAGUCCUGGAGGAGCAGAUCUGCCGUGGACUUGCACAGCAGUGCCACGGAUCCAGCUGGAGUCAAGGCUGAGCUCGUGUGACAACAACCUGGGACACGGGGAGGAUUUCACAUCCAGUGGCCUCAACAGAAGCCAGGAUGGCGGUUUUGAUGUUCCCACUGGGAAUGCCCAGCAGACAGAGGCACUUCUGAACCAGGGACACUCAGUGCUGGGGCAGUGCAGGGUUCCUGCCACGUCAGCCAGAGCCUGCAAGGAAUUCCAUGUGGUUUCAUGCAGGUGGCUUUUCCUCCUGGAGAGUGCUGCUGGCCACGGAGCUGUGUUUUCCUGGGAGAAGAGUGAUGCUCCCUGGGCCAGGCAGGGUGGUGUAGGACCAAUAGCUGGGAUGAGGGAGAAAUCUCCCCUUGGAGAGGGAACAGCCACUGCCUGCCUGGAGGAGAAAUCACAAGCAAGGUGAUGUAAUGCACAAAAAACCACAGGAACAUCUGCUCUGUGAGUAUGUUUAGAUUGGCUAUAUGGGAGAAAUUUGAGGGUGGAGAGGGGCUGGAAUGGAUUUCCCAGAGAAGCUGUGGCAGCCCCUGGAUCCCUGGAAGUGUCCAAGGCCAGGUUGGACAGGGCUUGGAGCAAGCUGGGGUAGUGGAAGGUGUUCCUGCCAUGGCAGGGGUGGCAUGAGGGAUGGGAUGAGCUUUAA